GACACGUGAGAAAAGGACAGCGGAAAUGCGAUGAAGUAGCUGGAUAGGAAAGUACUUUACUUAAGUGCAGGUUGUUUUGGUUAUGUGAAUGUUCAAAAGAAUGGCGGAGGGAGCAACACAUGAAGAACCAGGUCCUCUGAAUAAGGUUUUUGGUUCUGGAAGGAAAGAUUGGGAGAUACAUAGGAAUGACAGUUGUGUCACUCUAUCAGAUGACUCUGAUGAAGAGAUCUCUGUUCUAACCAAUCCAGUGCAAAUCUACGAGGAAGAGGAAGACGAGAAUGACGUGGUUAUAAUAGAGGAGGAUAGAAGUCAUCUGAAGCUGUCCCGUCCAGAUAUUAUCCGACCAGCAGCUCUUUGGCAUGGCACUGACUGGCAGCAAGGCAGUAGGAACUCUGGGACUAGUGAAAGCAAUCGUCCAACGUGCAGAAGAAAUCUGCGUAACCAAGUUGAUUUGAGCAAGGAUUCUGGGAAUGUAAAGGAUUUAAGUGUUCAAGUAGAAAAACGUAGGGAUAUCCAUGUGGAUCAGAAGAAAUCAAGUAAAUCAGCAACUAAUGAUUUUCCAUCUUCAUCAAACGUAGAGAUAGUACCUCCUGUUGAGAAAGAACCUGUUUUUCAUAAAUCCAAUGUCGGCAUCAUAGAACUGGAGUCAGAUGUUUCAGAUGAUGAUGAUGAUGAUGAUGAUAAUGUGAUCUUACAAAGGAAAAAUCUUUAUCAUCCAUCUGGUAGUCAUUCACCCAGACAAAAAUAUCCUGUAGCACUAAAAAGAGAGGCUCACAGGGAUGGUUUAGGGCCUGCUGUUCCUGAGCCUUUCGAGGAUGGUAGCCCCGGCCCCUCCUCACCUGCAGUAGCUCAUCUGCCAGAAUUUGUAAGUGGAGACCAAGCAAGUCUUACAGUUAAUAAACGAACAAGGGGCAUAACAGUAUUAACUGACUCACAUAUUGAAGACCUUUCUGAACAAGGUGCUUCCGGCCUGGAUGUUGAACUAAUUUCGCGACUUGUUAUGGAGACGGAAGCAAGGUUCCCUGAUGUGAAAAAAGAUUAUGUUAAAGAACUUAUUCUCUCCAAGCAAUAUUGUGAUUUAAAUGUUAUAUGUAAUGCACUUCUGGAAAAUCCAGACUACCCAAAGAAAGAUGGAAGAAUCGUGUUAAAUAGAAAUAGCUGCUUGCUAACCAGCCCAGACGACAAGCAGGUGGAAAAGGUAGACUUUUUUAAUAUUUCACAUCUUGAGCCUCUGGAUCAACGGUGCCUUAUCCAGGCUGCAGACCUGCUGAUGGCUGACUUCAAGAUGCUCAGUAGUCAGGAUAUCAAGUGGGCAUUGCAUGAACUCAAGGGACACUAUGCAAUUACAAGAAAGGCCUUUUCAGAUGGAAUUAAAAAAUGGCAGGAGAUGUCUCCUGAUGCAAGUGGGAAACGGAAAAAAAGGAAAGAGAUGAACCAGUUCUCCUAUAUAGAUUUUAAAUUUGACCAAGGAAAUGUGACAAUUGAGAAACGAAUGUUUUUUCUGGAGAACAAGCGGAGGCAUUGGAGGUCCUAUGACAGGAGGUCUCUGCUCCCUGCUGUACGAGAGGAGCUGGACUUCUAUGAACAGAAGAUGAAGGAAAUGGCAGAGCAUGAAGAUUUUCUUCUUGCCCUACAAGUGAAUGAGGCGCAGUAUGAGCAGGAUGGUCAGAUGAUAGAAUGUCGGUGUUGUUAUGGAUCAUUUGCCUUUGAAGAGCUGACACAGUGUGCUGAUGGGCACCUUUUCUGCAAGGAGUGCCUCAUUAAAUAUGCGCAAGAGGCUGCUUUUGGCUUUGGACGGCCCAAUUUGAGCUGCUUGGAAGGGACAUGCACUUGUGACUUUCCAACCAGUGAGUUAGAGAAAGUACUUCCAGAAAAUAUUCUCCAGAAGUACUACGAGCGGAAGGCUGAAGAGGACAUCUCUGCAGCAUGUGCAGAUCAGCUUGUCAGGUGUCCAUCUUGCAAUUUCCCAGCUCUGUUAGAUAUGGAUGUUGACAGAUUUAGUUGCCCAAAUCCUCACUGCAGAAAGGAAACAUGCAAGAAGUGCCAAAAGUCGUGGAAGGAGCAUGCAAAUCUCACCUGCGAAGAACUUGCAGAAAGUGAUGAUGUUAAGUACCGAACAUUCAUCGAGGAGAAAAUGACUGCAGCCUGCAUAAGAAAAUGCCAUGUCUGUUUCACUGGCCUUAUUAAGUCAGAAGGCUGCAAUAGAAUAGCUUGCCGUUGUGGAGCCCAGAUUUGCUACCUCUGUCGAGCCCCCAUCAAUGGCUAUGAUCACUUCUGCCAGCAUCCUCAUUCUCCUGGGGCACCCUGCCGUGAGUGCACUAGAUGCUCUCUAUGGACAGACCCAUCGCAAGAUGAUGAAAAGUUAAUUCAGGACAUUCAAAGUGAAGCAGAAAAUGACCAGAGACAGAAAAAAGGAGAUAAAGGCUUCAAAAGAAUAGGCCCUCCUAUGGAAUUGAAUGCACCCAAGAUUGCCAAAAUUACUGAAAUACCAGAGGCAAGACCUCAGAACUUUAACCAGCCUCAAAUGCGGCCAUUCCCUAUUUUGCACCAAGCUUUUCCAUUGGCCCCUGUACAGCCCAUGUACAAUAACCUCCCUCUGAAUGUGGGUGCCAGACCUGCUCCCUAUGUGCCUCCACUUCCCAACAUACGCUUGAACUACAAUUUCCCACCUCUUAACAUAGACUUAGAGCCCAACAUUCCCAUGCACUUUGGACCUCAACCCAGGCGUGAGUAAUAACACACCAAGGUGAAUGGGUGUAAGGCAGAGAAAGUGAUAAAGGCACAACAAAACCAGAAUGUCAUCUUUUCAGACAUUGUAU